CCCUGUGCAGGCUCUUCAUGGAUCCAGGAGCCUUAGUCAGAUCUCCUGUCGCAUAGAGAAAAUGAAGACAUCCAGGGUGUGGGCUUGGAGGGCACUGGCAGAGCUGUUUCUUCUCUGUGCUGCCCUGGCGUGUCUCAGUUUGCCGGGUUCCAGGGGUGAAAGGCCACCGUCUCUUGAGUCAAAUGCAGUCAACGAGAGCCUUGCCAAGACUAGACAGACACGGAGUGUGGAUGUCACCUCAAUGCCUAUUGAUUGCGAACUGUCCAGCUGGUCCUCCUGGACCACAUGUGAUCCUUGUCAGAAGAAAAGGUACAGACAUGCCUACUUGCUCCAGCCCUCUCAGUUCCAUGGGGAACCGUGCAGCUUCUCUGACAAGGAAGUUGAAGACUGUGUUUCCAACAGACCAUGCAGAAGUCAAGUGCGAUGUGAAGGCUUUGUGUGUGCGCAGACAGGGAGGUGUGUAAACCGCAGACUUCUUUGUAACGGGGACAACGACUGUGGAGACCAGUCAGAUGAGGGGAACUGUAGAAGGAUUUAUAAAAAAUGUCAGCAGGAAAUGGACCAAUACUGGGCCAUCGGCAGCCUGGCCAGCGGGAUAAAUUUGUUCACAAACAACUUGGAGGGCCCAGUUCUCGACCACAGGUAUUACGCCGGUGCUUGCUCCCCCCAUUACAUACUCAACACGAGGUUUCGGAAGCCAUACAAUGUGGAAAACUUCACCCCACAGACCCAAGGCAAAUAUGAAUUUGCAAUGACAGAAUAUGAAUCAUACUCAGAUUUCGAACAUAAUGUCACAAGGACAACAAUUAGCAAGUCUAGUUUCAGCUUUGGUUUUAAAAUAUCUGGGAUAUUUGAACUUGGCAUUAGCAGUACAAGUGGUAACGGCAAACAUUUUAUUAGCAGAACCAAACGAUUCUCUCAUACGCAAAGUGCAUUUCUGCAUGCACGCUCUGACCUUGAAGUAGCGCGUUACAAGCUGAAACCCAGAAACCUCAUGCUGCAUUACGAAUUCCUUCAGAGAGUCAAGCGGCUGCCCCUGGAGUACAGCUACGGGGAGUACAGAGAUCUCUUUCGCGAUUUCGGGACCCACUACAUCACAGAGGCCGUGCUCGGGGGCAUUUAUGAAUACACACUCAUCAUGAACAAAGAGGCCAUGGAGAGAGCAGAUUAUUCUCUUAAGGAUGUCCAGGCCUGUGCCAAAAAUGAUUUUAAAAUUGGCGUUGCCAUAGAAGAGGUCUACGUCAAGCUGGGUGUGUCGGUUGGCAAGUGCAAGGGCAUUCUCAAUGAGAUAAAAGACAGAAACAAGAGAAACACCAUGGUGAAUGACUUGGUUGUCCUUGUGCGAGGAGGGGCAAGUGAGUACAUCACUGCCCUGGCAUACAAGGAGCUGCCAACAGCAGAACUGAUGCAGGAAUGGGGAGAGGCGGUGCAGUACAACCCGGACAUCGUCAGAAUUAAGGCAGAGCCUCUGUACGAACUGGUGACAGCCACGGACUUUGCCUAUUCCAGCACAGUGAGGCAGAACAUGAAGCGGGCCCUGGAGGAGUUUCAGAAGGAAGUCAGCUCCUGCCAGUGUGCUCCCUGCCAGGGGAACGGAGUCCCUGUCCUGAAAGGAACACGCUGUGACUGCAUCUGUCCUGUUGGAUUCCAAGGCCCUGCCUGUGAGAUCACCAAUCGGAAAAAUGUCCCCAUUGAUGGGAAGUGGAAUUGCUGGUCAAACUGGUCUCCGUGUUCUGGAGGACAUAAAACAAGACAAAGGCAGUGCAACAAUCCACCUCCUCAAAAUAGGGGCAGCCCCUGCUUGGGCCCUGCUUCUGAAACACUUAACUGUUAAGGAGGGGAAAGCAUCUAGCAGGUGAUGCUACUGUGGUCUGCACACAGCAAGGAAUCAGGCCAGCUCACCCCCCAUGCCUGCUCCCAUCUGGAGCUGGCCCAAGGUGGAGGGCUGUGCCAUUCAGAAUGUUUAAAAUAAAGAUAUUAUUUGUAAAAUGCACACUGAUUUGAACAAAUAGUAAGUUAAACAAUAAUUAUAGUCUCCUGAAGGGUUUAGGCAUCCUGGUAAUCCUCACUUUGCUCAUCUCUACAAUUUUAUUUCACUCACAUAUACUACCAGCCAGGAACUGUGUUGGGAGCUGUCCAUGUGAAAAUCCCACAAUCCACCACUGACCUGCGCAUAGUAGGUGCCCAAUAAUGAAUCCAUGAAUAGAUAUUAAACUGUUCCUGUCUUGAG